GUCUACAGGUCACUUUAUUGCUGUAAUAGCGGGCGUGAGGACAGGCGGUGGCGCUGUGCACAGUAGUAGUAGUAGUCGUCUGCUCUCUGCGGAGGCUUUGUUACAAUCGUAGGAAGACAAGCAGACGUGGAAAUAAAAUCAAGUGUAAGGCGUGAAGCAGCACUGAAGGGAUAUGCUAAUAACGCUAACAAGUAUGGCUUUAAUACAUACAGCUUUGUUAUGAUAAAUACACUUUUGGACCUGCUCGGCAAACACAAGGAAUAUAUACACUCACUGGACACUUCAUUAGGUACACCAGUCCAGAUUUUUCACUUUCCUCCAUUUGAGUCACUAUUUUGUCAUUUGUGGUACACUUUGUCCAUUCUUUGAUGCCAUGCACCAAACAGGAAGUGGCCAUCAAACAAAAAAUGCAUUAGGGGAAACUGGGAAACUAGUUGCCGUUUAACACGAGCUGCGGUUGUCAGGACUGUGUCGAUUCACUCGUACUAGCUUAGCGCUGUCGGCCAUGUUGGGAUGGAAUGCAUUGGAUGUUGUUAUCUUGUGUACCUAACGCAGAGUCCAGUGAGUCAUGUGGAAAAACAACACGAGGGCGCCAAAAGUGAGAAGGGAUGUGUGACGCAACACUUUGGUCCAGGACGCUCCACCGUGCUAACCUCACGACUGCAGCAGAGGGCCUCCUCAAACUAUGUGGUGCAUGGAGGAGAGCCAGGAGCAAACAUACAAACAGAAGUGUGAGAGGACGCCGGUUCACGCGUCCGAGCCUGCCUGCCUGCGCUUGGAGGGCGGGACGAGGCGACUGGGCAACUCGGGGGGCAGGCCGUGACCCUCCAGUUUGACCUCGAUCAGGUGGCUGGCCAAGGCGAACUCCUCCUCGUCCAGCAUGCCGUCUCGGUCCACAUCCGAAAGCUUCCAGAUGCGACCCAGCACGGAGUUGGGUAGGCGGGAGCUGACCAUCCAGUUCUUGGCCUUGGUGCCGCUCAGCUUGCCCUCAUUGGGGGCCAGGUUGUAGAAGAUCUCGUCGUACUUGGGCUUGUCUUUGGUCACCACCCACAUCUCCUCCUCCUCGGCGCACUCUCCCUCCUCCUCGCCGAAGGGGUCACCUUCGCCAAAGGGGCCGGCUCGCGUGCCCAGGAAAGCCCCGCCCUGCACGCCGGGCUGUUCGCCCGCCUCCAGCUCCUCCUGGCGCAGGAGGGGCAUCAGCUUGGCGAUGUCCACUGACAGCAGCUCGUCCAGGGCCGCCAUCAGGUUGGGCUUGAGGGUUUUGAACUUGGUGAAGUCGUGUACCAUCAGUUGUUCCUGAAGAAGGACAUCCACCACAAUCACAGACAUGUAGGAUGUUUCAAUGUCCUUUAUGUACGGACUGACUGACUAUACAUUCUGUUCAUCCAUCAGACAAUCUAACAUGUAUCUAUCGUCUCUCUGUCUGUCUGGCCAUUCAACCAUCCGUCCAUCAGGCCAUCCAACCAUCCGUCCAUCAGGCCAUCCAACUAUCUGUCCAUCCAACUAUCCGUCCAUCAGGCCAUCCAACUAUCUGUCCAUCCAUCAGGCCAUCCAACUAUCCGUCCAUCAGGCCAUCCAACUAUCUGUCCAUCCAUCAGGCCAUCCAACUAUCCGUCCAUCAGGCCAUCCAACUAUCUGUCCAUCCAUCAGGCCAUCCAACUAUCUGUCCAUCCAUCAGGCCAUCCAACUAUCUGUCCAUCCAACUAUCCGUCCAUCAGGCCAUCCAACUAUCUGUCCAUCCAACUAUCCGUCCAUCAGGCCAUCCAACUAUCCGUCCAUCAGGCCAUCCAACUAUCUGUCCAUCCAACUAUCCAUCCAUCAGGCCAUUCAACUAUCCGUCCAUCAGGCCAUCCAACUAUCUGUCCAUCCAACCAUCCAUCAGGCCAUCCAGCCAUCUGUCCAUCCAACUAUCUGUCCAUCAGGCCAUCCAACUAUCUGUCCAUCAGGCCAGCCAACUAUCUGUCCAUCAGGCCAUCCAACUAUCUGUCCAUCAGGCCAUCCAACUAUCUGUCCAUCAGGCCAUCCAACUAUCUAUCCAUCAGGCCAUCCAACUAUCUGUCCAUCCAACUAUCCAUCCAUCUGUCCAUCCAACUGUCCAUCCAUAUAUCCAUCCAACUAUCCGUCCAUCAGGCCAUCCAACCAUACGUCCAUCAGGCCAUCCAACUAUCCGUCUGUCCAAAACCAUUUAUCCAUCCGUUACUUCGUCCAACUAUCAUCCAUCCUGUCCAGCUGUCCAUCCCUCUAUCAGUGCAGAUGUCAUCCAUCUGUUGAUCCAACUACCUGUCCACCUGUCCUUGUAUCCAUCCAUCUGUCCGCCCUUCCACUCAUCUGCCCAAUUAUCCAUCUAUCCAGUCAUUCACCUGUCCAUCUCUGCCACCAUCCAUUCAUCCAUCCAAUUAUCCAUCCAUGUGUCAAUCUGUCCAAUUCACCAUCCAUUUGGGUCCGUUUGUUCAUCCAGCCAUCCAUCCAUCCAUCUAUCUAUACAGACAUCUCUUCCUCAUUCAUUCAUUUAUCCGUCGAUCCAUUCAUGCUACUAUCCAUCCUUACAUUUUCCUGUCCAAUCCAUCCAUCCAUCUAACACUGUAUGUAUGCAUCCAUUCUUCCGUUUAUUCAUCCGUCCAUCCAUAUUUGUCCGUGUGCAUCCACUCAUCCUACCUGCAUCUUGGCACAGUCAGGGAAGUCACCAGCGGAGAUGUUGUGCUGCAGUUGUAUCUUGGAGAAGAUGACGGGCAGCUGGUAGAUGAGGUUCUUCUUCUUGUUGUCCUUCCUGAAGACAGAGGGCAUCUCCUGCUUCAGGUAGCUGAUGAUGUGAGCGUGCACCUGAAGACACAGAGAAUUCCUGGGUGAAGCUAUUCAUCAUCAGUUAGGGUUCAGAGAAGUCUCCUUAUCCCGGCGUUCCUCCCACGUAUUCCUCCCACAUACUUGGAGUAAGCUCCAAAAACAAACACCCACCCGGACCAGGCGCGCUCUCUUCACCAGGUCGUUGAGCUUGCGCAGAGCCGCGUUUCUCGGAAGGUUCUGGAUAUCAGCGAACAGAUCCUCCUCCUCCAGCUCGAACAGCUUGCGAUUGUCGGACACCAUGAGCGGCUCGGACCAGAAGGACCCGAUGUAGACCCUCAGGACCUCCGGGGUGCCGAACACUUUGCCCAGGGACCACAUGAGGGCGCCGUAGACUCUCAUGAGCUGCUGGGUGCCCACCAUGUCGGCCUUGUUGAGGACCACCCGCAGCUUGUCCUCGUUGCCCUUCAGUGCCCCGAUGGCCUCCGAGAACUCGUCGGAGAUCUCCAGCUUGUGGGCGUCAAAGAGCAAGAUGAUGCGAUCCACUCGCUCCGCGAACCAACGCAACACGGCCGGGAAGUCGUAGCCUGGCAGGGGGCAGAGGAUCCCGGGGGUGUCAAUGAUGCUGAUGCUCUCCAGCACCUGAUUGGACAUCUGGGCACACUGGAACCUGCCCCAGCAAACACAAACAUGGAUGCUAAUCAACUUCGACUGGAAUGGAAACGCGGCCCCCGCCCCAGCAGAGGCGGCCCAUUGUGUCCCGGCUCUCAUUGCGCUACGCUUCCUGAAGGAAAAUGACGACCGGUGCCAGAAUCAAACAAUACGGCGGCUAAUGAUGUGUGCCUUCCAACAACAAGACCUCUUCCUGUGGACCGCCAACUUAACGAGCCCAACGCUUCCCUGGGCAGGAAGUCAAAGACAAACACUCCUGCCGAGGGAGCGAGGGAGUCCCAACAUCGGGGUUUUCUUGGACCGCGCCUUGUGGGAGCUAGCUAGCUAACGCGUGCCGUAUUGACAUCAGUGGAAAAACAUGCUGGUGGCGUGCACAGGACGUCCAUUGUGAGUUCUUGCCUUGACACCCCCCCCCCCCCCCCCGAUACCACCCUCCACUCCUCCCCAAAUAAGGCCAACAUUUGGCACCCAGAGUCCAAAUUCCACAAAAAACUCACCUGUUGAGGAAGGUGUUUCCGAAAGGGUUGAGCUUACGGAAGGGCUUGUUGGGGUCCACGAUGAGGGCGUUCCCGGGGAUGACGCUCUCCACCUCGCCGUGCAUGAUGGCGGUGAAGCAGUCGGUGGUGGGCUCGGGUCCCACCCUGCUCCCCGGGAUCUCCUGCUCCAGGAGGUACCUGUCAGUCACACACAGGACUUACAUUCCGCACCGGUAAGCGACCCGUGUGGCGUCGGGCGUGGGCGGGACUCACUUGAUGAAGGUGGUCUUCCCGGUGGAGUACUGGCCCACCACCAGCACCAUGGGCUUGUUGUCAAAGUCGGCGUCCUCCAGGCUGAGCGAGUGGAAGUCGUGGAAGCCGUAGUACUGCUCCAGGGGGAGCAGCUUCUUGCGGUACAGCGACUUGAGGCCUUCGGUGACGGUGCGGAUGACCUCCGGCGCCUUCUUCACGUUCUUUCGCCCCCAGCGUGACAUGUCGGUGCUGAAGAUGCCUUUCCUGCUUCUCGUGCUUCCUGUUUGUCCUCUGUCGUCCUUUCAAGUCUCCUAGCGCUGAAAAGGUGGACACGAGAAGGUCAGAAGACAAUCACUCACUCCUGCAGGCAGCUGCAGAUGUGGAAUCUGGAGGGAAGUUCCUGAGCCCUCCAGGAGGCUGCCUAGCGUUGUCAGUGCAUGCCUGGAAAAAGCUGCUGGAAAAUUCUCAAACCAAACCCUGCGUGCGAGCGGGGCAGCAGUUUGGGACGGGAGUGUGAAGUGAGUAAGACAUUCCUUUCAUCCCCUCAGUGGAACAACCUCUGACUGCAUUGUUCACGGCAGGAAAAGCGGCCCAAAAGACUUCAAGUUCACACAAAAAAAACAGCAAAGCUUCCAUUUUCUCAUCAUUUUCAGCAGGGGGGGGCGGGUGGGAAGAAACGUCACAAGACCCGUGUGGGGAGCGUCAAAAUGGUGAAACUAAACGCCCAUGAAAAAACCAUCGAAGUUUUAAGAGUAGCUGGGUGCGCCAUAUUUUCCUACUGUACACAAAUGCAACAUUUUACAUUAGCAAAACUAGCAGACGCUAAAAAGUGAAAAGAAGAAGAGGUUUUACCACAGCAGACGUCGGCCUCUCGGAAAAUCUUUACACAAGAUGAGAAGAAGGAGCUGCUGUUACUUGUACGAGUGUACCUGCGUCAGCCUAUGGGAGCCCUCGGUCAGAUGAGUGUGGGGUGGGGGGGGGCAAGUUGAGGGGGCGGGGGUCGUUCCUUCUUCCUCUGAAGCUGAUGUGGUUCACGUCUCUGCUCGCUGCAAAGACCACUCUCCUCC